AAAUUAGAGAAAAAAAUCAUUAAGUGUAAAUACCAAAGGCCUGAUUUAUUAUCAAAGAUAAUAUUUUUUUCCACAAAUGUUAUCACAUGCGACUAUGACAACAGUGGCUUGAUAAUCAUUAGCACUGACAACUUCUUGUCAGUGCACAAGCGACCAUCUAGAAUUCUUCAUAUACGUACUAUAUAUCUAUCGUAAUAUAUCUAUGCAUAAUAUAUUUUGAGCUAUGUGCAUUCUAUUUGUAUACCGUAAUAUUUACGCUAAUGCAAAUAAUUAUAGAUUGAUAGUUGCUUCUAAUCGCGAUGAAAAUUUUAAUCGGCCAGCUGUACCAGCACGUUUUUGGGAGAAAUAUCCUCAUUGUUUGGGAGGCAUGGAUAUGGAACCUGGAAGGGAAGGCGGUAGUUGGCUAUCUUUAUCAACUAAGGGUCACGCCGGUGUCCUUUUAAAUCUUCCUGGUGAAACGAGAUCUACAGAAUCUGCUGGACAGAAUCGUGGCUUCCUGGUGAAAGACUAUGUUACGUCGGAAAUGUCACCCGAGUCAUACUUAAAUGAAUUACACUUAAAGAAUCAAAAGAAUCAAUAUGAUCCUUAUAACUUGAUUCUCAUAAAUCUUCGAACUGCAGCCGUAUAUUAUUUGAAUAGUAGUGAGAAUUCACCAGGUCACGUUGUCUGUCAGGAUAAUGUUAUUGGCUUUGGGAAUAGCUUGCUGGAUACUCCAUUAAAAAAAGUUGAAGCUGGAAAGAAAUGGUUUCAAAAGAUUGUUGAGAAUGUGACUGUGUCUAAUGAGGAAUCUCUUAUAGAGGACUUAAUAAAAUUACUGGGCAAUAGGGAAAAGUGUCUACCGGAUCCCGAGUUGAAGAGGAGAUGCACCAAUUAUUAUGAGGAGUUGAGUUCUAUAUUUGUCGAAAUACUGAAUGUUUAUGGGACUCGAACACAUUCGGUACUUCUUGUCGAUGGUGCUAAUCGCGUAAAAUUUGUAGAGAAAACUUUGAUGCCAGAUCACACAUGGAAUUAUGAAACUUUUAAUGUGACUUUGGAAGGAGAAUAACAGAAACAUAAUGAUAAACUAUCAUGCAAAUACUGAAUCAACAAUAUUUGCAUUUCUCUUUUAUAAACAUGAAAAAUUAAUAAUAUAAGUAAAUUGUAUCACGGUUAAGUAAUACAUUUAUAAAUAUAUAACGUUAAUAUUA